GAACUGUGAACAUGAUCCUCAUGAAUCCCAAUUCGUGAUGAUGCUUCCUCGCCGACUUACCGAAUUCCCAGUGGACCAAUCUCUUUCUUUCGAAAGCGUCUCAAAAUACUCUUCCUCCAACUUCCUGACCUCAAGUUUUCAUGGAAAUUAUUACAACUCCUAACUUCAAUCACAUUUGUCUGCUCCCGAAACUAUCCAGGAUUCCAGGUUAUGUCUUUCCUGAACCUUCUGCAACGUCCAUAUCAAAUUCUUGAAAUCUAAACGAUAAAUUCAUCUGGAAUUUCUGUCUGUUCAGGGUUCUUGAACGUAUGUAUCUCAUUUCAUUUCAUUUCAAUUUCCAUAUGCGUCAAGUAUCGGGCACGCAUAAAUGACUUCUCAAUCAUCCUCCACAAGCUGUGAAUUCUCACAGAUUUUAUGGGUGUCUUCACCAUCAAUUUGCCCAUGUAAGAGAAGAACCCAAUCGAGUUUUUGUAGUUCAAUAAAGCUCAAUUGCUUCGUCAGCGGGAAGAGGCUCUCCAAGAGAAGAAAAUUUUCGCUAAUUCGGGCUUGUGUGGUUCCCAAUGAUGGAGCGAAACAUAAUCUAAACUUAGAAUUUGUGAAUUCCACAAAACGUGGUGCUAAACACUAUGUUGUGAAGCAAAUUUUGGAUGAUUCAUCAUCAUCAUCUGAAAGUUCAAUUCCUUUGAGCUCUUCAAAUAGCUUUACUAACUUCAGAGAGGACCCUAUUGUAGAUAAGCUUAGAACUCAACUUGGGGUCAUACACCCUAUCCCUUCACCUCCUAUAAAUCGAAACAUUGUUGGAUUAUUUGUAUUCUUUUUCUUUGUCGGAGUCCUGUUCGAUAAAAUUUGGACAUCAAGAAAAAAGAACAAAUCAAGGGAUGAAGGGACACCAGGGAUAUGGCCACAGGUUCCCACUAGUUUUUCUUUGUUCCUUGAGAAAGAUUUGCAGAGAAAAGAGUCAGUAGAGUGGGUUAACAUGGUGUUGGGGAAGUUAUGGAAGGUUUAUAGAGGUGGGCUUGAGAAUUGGGUAAUUGGGUUGCUUCAACCAGUUAUUGAUAACCUAAAGAAACCUGAUUAUGUGGAGAGAGUUGAAAUAAAGCAAUUCUCAUUAGGGAAUGAACCAUUAUCUGUUAGGAAUGUUGAACGCAGAACUUCUCGUCGUGUCAAUGAUUUACAGUACCAAAUAGGACUUCGUUACACUGGUGGGGCCCGUAUGCUAUUAAUGCUAUCACUAAAAUUUGGCAUAAUUCCAAUAAAGGUCCCUGUGGGUGUUAGAGAUUUUGACAUUGAUGGAGAACUUUGGGUUAAAUUGAGGUUGAUUCCAUCAGAGCCAUGGGUGGGAGCUGUUUCAUGGGCUUUUGUUUCACUUCCAAAAAUUAAAUUCGAAUUGUCACCUUUUCGUUUGUUUAAUUUAAUGGCCAUCCCUGUGCUCUCCAUGUUUUUGACAAAACUUUUGACUGAGGAUUUGCCACGGCUAUUUGUUCGUCCAAACAAGAUUGUAUUAGACUUUCAAAAAGGAAAAGCAGUGGGCCCCAUUCGAAAUGAUUUCAAGACAGGAGAAAUGCAAGAAGGAAAUAAAGAUUUUGUUGGUGAAUUAUCAGUUACUCUUGUUGAUGCUCGAAAGCUCUCUUAUGCCUUCUUUGGAAAAACAGAUCCGUAUGUUGUAUUAAGGCUUGGAGAUCAAGUAAUACGUAGCAAAAAGAACAGUCAAACAACUGUCAUUGGGCCUCCUGGUGAGCCAAUAUGGAAUCAGGAUUUUUACAUGCUAGUUACAAACCCUAGAAGACAAAAAUUGUCGAUUCAAGUGAAGGAUGCUCUUGGAUUUGCAGAUACGACUGUUGGCACAGGAGAGGUUGAUCUCGGAUCUUUAAAAGACACGGUUCCAACUGACAAAAUUGUAGCCCUUCGAGGAGGGUGGGGCCUAUUCAGAAAAGGAUAUGCCGGAGAGAUUCUUCUUAGAUUAACAUAUAAAGCAUACGUUGAAGAUGAAGAAGACGAAAAGACUGAAUCCAUAAAAAAAGAUACAGAUGCAUCGGAUGAUGAAUUGUCUGAUUUAGAACAAGCUGCUCUUACAUAUGGGCAACGUGUGAGUGAUAUAUCAAAUGGAACCAGUAAAGAAGCUUUCAUGGAUGUUUUAGCAGCUUUACUUGUUAGUGAAGAGUUUCAAGGCAUUGUGGCUUCUGAAACAGCAAAUGCUAAAUCUUCUAAUGAUUUUAUCAACUCUGAGUUAAAAGAGAGAUCGCGUGGUGCAGUUGUGGCACCCGAAGUUUCUGAUUCUCAGAGUGGGUCUAGAGAGUCGGUGUUGAUUUGGCUUGCUGUGAUCACGAGUAUUUCCAUACUUAUAGCGCUCAAUGUGGGUGGCUCGAGUAUUUUUAACCCGUGAUGUGAAAGCUUCGGGUUUUAUAGUUAGCUCCACGACUUCUCCACAAAUGUGGGAGUUGAAAGUUUAAUUGCUUCAUCAAGAAGAGAAUGUUUGUUAUUGUUUGGCGGCUUGAAUUGAGUAAUUUGUUGAGAGCAUGAAGCGAUUAUUUUUUGUCCUAUUUUUUAUCAACUUGUAGCAAUUUUUGUUACAUUACAUAUAUGGUAUUUGGUAUGGUUAUGUAGAUUCCCAACCUUAUAGUCUUGAAAAUUGGCAUAACAUGCCCUUGGCUUUUUAUAUAUAAGAAAAUGUCACUGUAGCCCCA